AUGUUGCAUUUGGUUGCUCUCCUCCUGCUCUUUGUAAUUUUUCGGCUUGUCUUGGGUCUUCCUUGGCUCCAAGUGAUUCCAGCCCUCUUGAUCUUCUACUUGGGGUCUGGUGGAUGGCGAUUCCUUCGUAUAGUCAUCAAAACGGGGCGUCGGGACGUAACCACGGGGCUCAUCGUCAUGUGGACUCGAAUGAGGGUCUGGUGGUACGUGAGACAGAAAUACACCAUCCCCAAGCUGUUCCAGGAUACCAUGCAGAGACAUCCGGAGAAAGUGGCUCUCAUUUUCCAAGGAACAGGAGAGUCUUGGACCUUCCGGGACCUUGAUGAGUACUCUAACAAAGUGGCCAACUUCUUGUACGGGCAGGGCUUACGCUCCGGGGAUGUGGUGACCUUGUUCAUGGAAUCGUGCAACAAGUACGUCGGCUUGUGGCUCGGCAUGGCCAAGAUCGGAGUGGAGGCGGCUCUCGUGAACUCCCACGUGCGGAAGGAAUCGUUGGUGCACUGCAUCAGCAUCUCCCAGUCGAAGGCCGUUGUGUUUGGGAGUGAGCUGGCCGAAGCCAUGCAAGAGGUUCAUUCGUCAAUACUGAAAUCCCUUCCUCUCUUCUGUUCUGGUGACUGGAAAGAAGACUGCGUCCCACCAGGCACAAAACAUCUGGACCCUCUGGUGGAAAAAGCAUCUCGCGAUUCACCACCUCUGUCACCCAAAGGAUUCUUAGAUAAACUGUUUUACAUCUACACUUCGGGUACGACGGGGAUGCCCAAGGCUGCAAUCAUAGUCCAUUGCAGGUAUUUCCGCAUGGCAACUUUGGUCUUUAAUGGCUUCUGCAUGAGGCCAGAUGAUGUGGUCUAUGACUGCCUUCCCUUGUACCAUGCAGCAGGUAACAUUGUUGGAGUCGGCCAAUGCCUCCUGCAUGGGAUGACCGUGGUGAUCCGGAAGAAAUUCUCAGCUUCAAACUUCUGGGAUGACUGUGUCAAGUACAACUGUACGAUUAUACAGUACAUUGGGGAGAUUUGUCGCUAUCUCUUAAACCAGCCGUCGCAGGAUGCGGAGCGCAAGCACCGAGUGCGAAUGGCCUUGGGCAACGGCCUGCGGGCCUCCAUUUGGAAGGAGUUCACCACCCGGUUUGGCAUCCCUCAGAUAGCCGAAUUUUACGGCGCCACCGAAUGCAAUUGCAGUGUGGGCAACUUUGACAACAAGUUUGGUGCUUGCGGCUUCAAUAGCAGAAUCCUCCCCAGUGUUUACCCCAUCAACCUGGUUAGAGUAAACGAGGAUACGAUGGAACUGAUCCGGGGACCUGAUGGACUUUGCAUUCGGUGUAAACCAGGAGAGCCAGGGCAGCUGGUUGGACGCAUCAUCCAAAGUGAUCCUUUGCAGCGCUUUGACGGCUACUUGAACAACGAAGCCAACAAUAAGAAGAUUGCCCACAAUGUUUUCACGUACGGCGACUCUGCUUACCUCACUGGUGAUGUGUUAGUAAUGGACGAGUAUGGCUACAUGUUCUUCCGGGACCGCACCGGAGACACUUUUCGCUGGAAGGGUGAAAACGUCUCCACGACAGAGUUGGAAGGGACGCUAAGUCGUAUCCUCAGCAUGACUGAUGUUGUGGUCUAUGGCGUGGAGGUGCCAGGCACUGAAGGGAAGGCUGGAAUGGCGGCAAUUGUUGAUCCCCACCACUCCUAUGAUCUGGAGGCCUUUGCAGAUGAAAUGAAGAAGGAGCUACCCGCAUACGCACGACCUGUUUUCCUGCGACUGCUUUCCGAAGUGCAUAAAACAAGCACCUUCAAGUUCCAGAAAACAGAGCUGCGCAAGGAAGGUUACGAUAUCUCCAUGGUGAAGGACAAGUUGUAUUAUCUGGAGCCGAGACAAUGCCGAUACCUUCCAUUGACUGAGGAGGUCUACAAGAGGAUCCAGUUAGGACUGGAGAAACUGUAA